UGACAGAAAACAAUCAGUAUUGACUAACAUCUAUACUGCACUUACUAUGGCACUGUACGAUAUGUUUUGUACAUAUUCUUAUAAUCACCUCAACAAUUUUAUGAGGCAGUAAUCAUUUUAUAAAUGAAGAAACUGAGGCACAGAAAGAAUGUUUUUAUUACUCAAAGCCAUAUUUGGCCAGAUCUUGGAUUUGAACCUAGAUAGUUUGGCUCCAGUGUCUAUGCCCUAAAAAGCCUGAACAAGGUUAGGCAUUAUCUUAAUAUUCACUGAUGCCUAACCUUGUCAAGGUUAGUAUAGUAUUCAGCUAUUCACUGAAUAGCUGUAAAAGAAGGUAAUAACAUCCAAAUAAUGGCUCAGCAUAAUGGCUAGAGAGGCGGGAAGGAGAAUUGAGUAGGAUGGUCACCUUUUUCUUUAGACUCACUGGGACACCUAUUUUUAAAACACUCCUAUUUAUACCUAUUCCUCCAGAUGCAAACCCUACAUAUAAUAUUAUAAUUCUCAUUCCAAAGAUAUAUAUUGAUACACAGUUUUUGCCAGACACUGUUGGAUGGAAUGUAGCUACAUAAGUGAAUACACAGACAAGACCCUGAAUCAUGGGCAGAAGAAUGUUCUAGCGAAGGAUGGGAGAAUUGGGGAAGACAACAAAUAAAUAUGGAGAUAAAAAAAGAUCAUUUUUAAUGGGGACAAAUGCUUCUGUGGAAAUGAAACAGGAUAAGAGAAUGGGAGGAUAAGGUGGUGCUAUUUUAGAGCUGAGAUUGAGCGACUGAUUCUCUGUAGAGGUGACAUUUGAGCUGAGACCUGAAUGAUGAUAAAUGAGUAAGCCUUUUGAAGAACAGGGUCAUGGGGAUAGGGAAGGAAUCUCUAGGAAUAGGAAUAGCCAGAGGAAAGAGUCUGAGAUGUGUGGUCAAAGAAUAGAGAAAAGUUCUGAGAGACUAGUGGGAGAUUAAAUCUGAAGGUGGGAACAAGCAUAAAUGUAAUAGGGACCCUGCUGUCAAGGAGCUGAUAACAUAUGGACAUGUGGAUUUGAUAUGAUUUUAGUUAUAGAGAACCUUGAGAAUCUUGGGCCAAGUCGUGAAGGAUGCAUAGAAGUUCUCCAUGUAGUCAAAGAGUUGAAGAGGAAAGGUUCAGUCAGAAGAAUUGGUUUACAAAGGGAGGACCAUGCAUACCCAAUCCAAGGAGUUGUUGCGGGUCCUUCAGUUUGGGGUAUCCAGUAGUGGGAUUGUUGGAUUGAAUGUUUUUGGCCGGGGCUGGGUUUGAACCCACCACCGCUGGCAUAUGGGGCUGGAGCUCUACUCCUUUGUGCCACAGGUGCCACCCUGAUUUUGACUUUUUAAUAAUGGCCAUUCUGAAAGGGUUUUGACCAAGGGACACAAAGAAAGAUUCAGCUGCUUUCUUGGGGUCCCAACAGGACCAGAAGAAACUCUUAGAACAGACACCUCCUUGGGAUUUUCUAAGGGCAUGGAAGGAGUCUGGCUGCUACUGAGCCAAUUUUCCAGAGCAGAAAUGGACGACGAGGAGGACAUGAACCAAAUUAUUAAAGCAUGUGGCCGCCAAUUAAUACGCAUUUGGGUUGAUGUUUGCGGCAAUUCAGGCAUGAGCAUGAGGUCUAAGAGCCAGAAAGAGCACCGGUGGGGAACUGGACCAUUUUCAGAAAUUGUGCCAUCAUCCUUCAACAAAGAUGCAGAAACUGUAAAUAUGAUGUCGGAAUCCAUUGCUAAUUUGCCACAGGAGCGGAAGGCAACACCAUCCCGGAAGAAUCUACCAUUACCAGAGCUACAGCAAAAUCUACCCACAUUAAAGGGUUCAGAUAUUAGCUUUGAAGAAGUUAAGAAUAAUAUUCAUAAUAAACAACAUGAAGCAGAAGAUGACAGUCCUUCAGAAUUAAAAUACUUAGGCUUCCGUACUCAUUCCCGAAAAAAGAGAGAUGUCUAUAUCCCACCAGUGAAGAAAUGUUGUGAAAUUGGUUGUACAAAAAAAUCUCUUUUUAAAUUUUGCUGAAGUGAAACUAGUUAUGUAUAUCUCAUCUAAUGUUCUCCUGCAUUCUUUAUGACAUUUUCACCAAUGCCUGUCUGAGGUCCUACUGAUUAUUUUAAUAUGAGAAAUCUUUACUUUUAUUUUGAUAAUUCAUUUCACCUAUGAGAAACUAUUUCUUGCAUUAUUGUAGUUUCUGUUAAUAACACUUUUUAUGCUGUGAUUGUGUUUGUCUUUUUUAUUAACAGUAUGAUUACAUUAUUAAUUUUUAAUGCUGCUAGCUUAACAUUAUAGUAAAAUAUGGAUCACUUUAACCAUACCUAACAUUAUAACACCAUUAAGUAAAAUGAACCAAAAUAUUUUGUUUUGGUUAGAUUUAAUGUUAGGUUGGACUGGAUAUACAUAAAGUCAUAAAACUUGGACUUUCCUAAAAGGUUUUAGAAUGUUUUGGUGUCAUAUUGAACUGCUUAUUACAAACAAUCAGGUUGGAAAUUAAAUGAAUUUCAUUAAGUUGAGGUCAUAUAAACUCAAUUACUUUUCAAAAUAGGGUUCUACUCUUGGCUCUGCCUCUGAAGAAAAUAAAAACUAUUGCUUUUUUUAAAGAGAAAAUUGAGUAGACAUCUACAGAAGAAAACAAACAAUUCAGUACCAUAUUAUAUCUUAGUAAUUAAGAAUUAGUUUACUAAGAAUUAGUUUACUAAGAGAACACACUUUAUAUUCACUAUUUUAGAAUUUACAAACUAUUUCUGUAAGAAUAAUAACUGAAAUGGUCUAAAAACUUGAUAGAAAAGUAAAUUUAUAUAGAUCUCAAAUUAGUAUUCAGCCAGUUUCUUCAACAUAUUAUGUAUGUAUUACACAUUUUCACCUACAUUUAUAAAAAAAAAUGCACUUAAAUGGCAAGUUCUUCUCCAUCAAAUGUCUGUAAACAGAAUUUUAAGAGACUGAGGCAGAAAUUCCCAUAUGCAACGAAUCAUAACCAAACUUCUAGGGUCUACUAAGUCAUCCUCGAGUCCUCAUAAAUAAUUGCAAAACGUUAAGAGACUGUAAGUCCCCUUGGAUAGGACCAGGCCAAGUGCUGUCUGACAUAAGAGAAUGAGAGCAAUAUAAUACCCAGCAAACUUACACCUCAGACAGGACAAAGAGGCCCCGCCAGAUGGAGAAGCCUGUCGCUCCUCCCAUAGAUGCUCUUCCACAGAAUUCAUGGAAGGCAGAACUUCUAAAAUUAGAAUCCACAUUUACUGCCUCUGAUGGCAAUGACUGCUUUUUAAGUGAUUCAUAGAUAAUCUGCAGUUAACUGCCUUCUAGAAACAGGGAAAUCAUUACUUGAAUCUAUUUCAAAUGCUAUUA